AUGCUGGGUAUGCGUUGCGAUGGAAUACGAAGGGGAGAAGGGUAUGUAAAGGAGAGGCUUUCCGACUCUUUUACUUGGCCUCUCUACUUCCAAGCAGACCAUCAACGUUGCUACCACUCCGACCCACAGUCACUCUCUACCACAACGACAACCACGCUCAUUAUCGACGACAGAGCAAGCACAAGAAUCCUCUUCUCGACGCACUCAACCCAACAGUCAGCAACUGUCCGAUCACAACCCCACCAACAAGCCAAAAUGCAGUUCACCAUCUUAGCAACAACAUUCCUCGCCACUCUGGCGGCAGCAGCGCCCGUCGCCGUCCCCAAGACGACCGUCGUCGAGCGUGAAGCCGGUGGAGCCCUUCCCUUCGACUCUCUCUUGAAAGGCCUGCCCUUGAACAGCCUUCUGGGCGGCGGUGCGGCAAAAGACAGCAAUCCCGCGACAGCACAACUCAGUCAACUCAAUCAAGUGGGAGCUCAACCUGCGACUGCGCCGCAGGGUAAGACAGGCAGUGGCCUGCCUGGAGUGGGCUCAAUUGUCUAG